AACCUUGCUGGUGUGGGAGCUGAGCUCUGGACCCAUGGCCGAGGCCUUGCAAUCUUCUCCCAGUUUGGCCUUCUGUAUUCGGUCCGAGUCUUCCCAGAUGCAGCAGUGGCCGGUCCUGGGUUCUAUGCCAUCAUCAAGUUUUAUUCAGCAAGGGAUGCCCACAGAGCCCAAAAGGCAUGCGACCAGAAGCAGCUUUUUCAGACAUCUCCAGUGAAGGUUCGUCUCGGCACCAGAUAUAAGGCGAUUCAACAUAAUACGCCUGCCCUAAAUGGCUCCAGAUACCAAGAAUUGGCAAAUUACUACUUUGGUUUCAAUAGGUGGUCAAAAAGGAUCAUCAGGCUUCAGGAUCUUUCUAACCUUGAAGAAAGGGAAAAGGAAGAUAUUGUGACACCACUUCCCAAGCAAAGCCUGAAGUUCUUUUGUGCUUUAGAGGCGGUAUUGCCCUCCCACGAGUGCAGGAGUCCCGGAGUUGGCAUGGCUGAGGAACCUGUGGAUAACUUGGAGGAAGGGUCGUUAUCAUUCCUUAUGAAAAGGAAGCUAACCCAGAAGGUUGCUAUUCAGAAGGCUAUGAGAGAUGCAUUCCAGAAACAGCUGAUUGUGGUUUUAGAAAGUGGUAAAACAGCUGUGGCAUGUAGAUCGUGUGAAGAGGUCACAGAUGCUAGAACUGAAGAAGAACUGCAGGAUUUAAUUCAAGUAUGUGGAGAUAAAAGCUCAAGGGGUACACAGCCAGCGUAGCCAUAAUUCAAAACAACCAGCAGGAUUUGGAAGACUUUGGCAUGUCUACUCAGCUCUGUCAUCCUUAGGAAAAGGUGAAACUCUGAAACUGCUUUUGAGGCAGGGAAUUUCUAGGACUUUUCCAAGUCCCGAGCCUUGUCUCUGGCCCCUUAUUUGAAGUUUGGAGAGCAGGAUCAAGGGCCAUCAGUGUACGUCUACAGUUGUGGAUCCAGGAGAAGACACAGGCCUUUUAGAACUCCCCUCUAAUAGAAUUGCAGGGAUUUGGGAAGAAAGUAACUAUGGCCUUAAGUGUGAUUAUGCUACAGUGUUUAAAAACUAUUCAUGCCUUUCAAGUAAGGUAUAUUACCCAGAUCUCAGCAUCUCACAUAUAUCUUGUGUUAAAUAUUUUGCCGAAGAACCUUUCUGUAAACCAAUUAUAUGGAUGCCUCAA